GGCUGAGAUCCGAGGGUUGGCGGGGCGGGGCGGGCAGAGGGCACGAGGAGCGGCCAUGGCAGACUGCGAGGCGGGGGGAGCGGCGAAGGCGCAGCAGCGGCUGCACGGCAAUGCUGACACCGGUCUUGGGGUGUGUGGAUGGAUCCUGGUGAUAUUUUCUUUCUUCUUCACCGUUCUUACAUUUCCUGUAUCAAUCUGGAUGUGCAUAAAGAUUGUCAAGGAAUACGAGAGAGCCAUCAUCUUCAGACUUGGGCGCAUCCUAAAGGGAGGAGCAAAGGGACCGGGUCUCUUUUUUGUCCUGCCCUGCACAGACAGCUUCAUCAAAGUUGAUAUGAGGACCAUCUCUUUUGAUAUUCCACCCCAAGAGAUCUUGACCAAGGACUCUGUGACGGUUAACGUUGAUGGAGUGGUUUACUACAGAGUUCAGAACGCUACCCUUGCUGUGGCAAAUAUCACAAAUGCUGACUCAGCCACACGUCUUUUAGCACAGACAACUUUGAGGAAUGUUCUGGGGACCAAAAACCUUUCUGAGAUUCUCUCUGAUCGUGAGGAGAUUGCACACAACAUGCAGGCUACACUUGAUGAUGCAACAGAUAACUGGGGCAUUAAGGUGGAACGUGUGGAGAUCAAGGAUGUGAAAUUACCCAUACAGCUGCAGAGAGCAAUGGCUGCAGAAGCUGAAGCUGCACGGGAGGCAAGAGCUAAGGUAAUUGCAGCUGAGGGUGAAAUGAAUGCUUCCAGGGCCCUGAAAGAGGCAUCUAUGGUUAUCACAGAGUCCCCUGCUGCUCUUCAGCUUCGUUACUUGCAGACUCUGAACACCAUUGCUGCAGAAAAGAACUCCACCAUCAUCUUUCCGUUGCCCAUAGACAUGAUGCAGGGCAUCUUAGCUGCAAAACGCUAGCUGCAGUGGGAGGGGGAAAGGUGGUUUGUUUUCUUUUGCCACCAGUAAACACCUGCAGCACAAAAUUGCUUGCAUACUAUAGCUUAAGGCAACAUGAGCAAAGUGGAAAUGCUGAGGAACAUUUUUGGUUUUUUUAUACUGAGUGUGUGGUAAGAUAUAGAUGUAAUAUUUGUGAACACAGACAAUCAAAAUACUUGAAAUUGAAAAUUGAUCCAAAUUAGGAGCAGUACCACAUGAGAAACCAACUAUCUGUAACCUCGUGUUUUCAGAAAGUAUAUAAAACUAUUCCUUUUAUUAAAAGAGCCUGUGGUCCUGUAAGGGAAGUGGAGCAGCCCUACCUGUGUUCUUUUAGAGUACCUGCAUGUGAUGAAGUCAUCUGAUGGCUGUAUGCAUUUGUUCUCUAGUUUAGACCAGGAGAAACAAUGGAAGCUGAUGUAGGAGUGAGAACAUUGGGUACUUCUGAAAAGCAGGCUCCUACUUUCUGUAACAGUUCCCUGUUCAUGAGGAAAAAUGAUGAGCCAAUGUUACUGAAAUGAAACUUUCCACCUCUGUUCUGCCACACAGGAAUUAUACAGGCUUGCUGUAGUUAAUGGUACAAUAUGCUGCUUCUUGCUAUGCCCAUGUAGAUUUACGACUCCUAAAGCACUGAAAAGUCACUGGGUCUGCUUUUAUCUGUACAUCUUCUCAAAAAACAAUUAAAAGGAAAAAAAAAGCCAUAAACCCCAAUUCCUGUUUGUAAAUAGACUUCCUUUCUUGUUCUAAUUUUAAACAUGCUUGAAACACUGCAUUUUAUCCAGGUCCAGUAAAUGCUUCCCUAACUGUAAUUAGUGGAGGGUGUUUAGCAGGAGGUUUUGUACUGUUUAUAUACCUAACAAAUUAAUGAUUCACUUGACAGUGCUGCUUCUGAACAGACUUGUGCCAUCAGUUGUGAUGCAGAGGUUUACACUUAAUACCAAAGGCGCAAUCUUCAGUGCAUGUAGUCCUGAGGAACAAGUCUGAUAAACUCUAUUCAUAUUUUGCACCUGUUUAGUGAAUGUUAUUAAAGAUUAAAAAGGGAGCAGAAUUAAAAGUCUGCAUGAGAGGGAGGUUCUUUAGGCUACUGCUGUUACCCUGUUUGGCAUCUAGUCCUUAAUUACUGGGAGAUGAGAAUGAAAACAAAAGCCCGGAUCAGUGAGCGCAGUGUCCUUGUUCUGAUACUGGCCAGCACAAGGUUGGUUAUUUUUUUAUCACCUUUCUGGGUAGGGUCAGUUCUGUAUUUACAGCUAUUAUUACCUCUGCAUUAUAAAAUCAAUACACCAAUCUGUAGAUGUUGGCCAGUAUUUUAGUUAACACAAGCAGAGCUAAGCUUUUGUUGGGGUGUAAACAUGAUUAACAAGGAAGUACUAAUUAGCAUCACUGUGUGCACACAGUUGCAGUAGGAAACAAAGCUAUGGCACAGCUUGCCAUUAAUCCUUGGGGAAGAUGAGUGCAUCUGUACCUGCUGCUAUGUACUGGUCACCCCUAUGAAUUCUUGUUAAAAUCAGCAAUGCUUCCUCCUCUGAUCCUGAGUUAAAAACACUAUUUACUAUUGCUUGACUUUCUGAAAGAGAAUACAGUGAAUUUACCGGAG